UUCUGUGACUCAAGGAUGUUGGUCACCGUAACUUUAUACAAACCGCGGCGCCAUUUUGAAAAGUACGCCGCGUUCCCCCCGCCGCGCGUCAGUCGCUCGGCGCACGCCGUUCGUGUAUACAAGCGGACGGUUAACGCUCUCAAUGUUUGUAUAUCUUUACAUUAUCAUUUUAUGACCAUGAUGCAGUUCGAAUACGACCCAGAAAGUCUCAUAGAGGAGGUUAAAAAACGGCCCGGUAUAUGGGACUUUGAUAACGUUGACUAUAGAACUAAAAGCACUCGUCACAAGCUAUGGACGGAAGUUGUAAACGCGCUCAUGUCGAGCGAUGUCAAGAUAUCGAAGAGCGAAAGGAGGGAAUUGGAAUUGCAGCUUCAGAAGAAAUGGAAGAGCAUGCGGGACUGCUUCCAGAAAUACAUCAGUCAUCCAAACAGAACUAAAAGGCCAUACAUAUAUAGCAAACAUUUAGCAUUCCUAAUUAAGAACCAAAAGGAAGUACCUCAAACCGAAACCGGUUCCAGCGAGUCCGAGGAGGGCACGUCCAGAAAAACUUCAUGGAGACGAAGGAAGAAACUAAAACUCGCCAGGGACAGUUCCGACGAUAAUGAUAUCGAUAAAGAUGACUGCCGGUCAAACGACGGAGUCACAAUAGAAGUACCACUCAAACAACCCACAUACAAGCCGGUUAUUGACGAAUUCGCAUUCGCCAGCGUCGAUAGCCAGAGCAGAACCGAACAAGAGGACCCUGAUAAACUUUUCCUCCUAUCAUUACUGCCACAUCUGAAGUCCGUGCCCGAGGAGAUGAGGUUGAACAUCAAGAUGGACAUCAUGCAAGUGCUGAGGAACGCUAAUUACCAGUCACAGAUGGUACAUAAGAUAAUAUGAGUCUAGUGAAAUUGUUGUUAUAAAAAAACAUGCCCUUUUAUUACGUUGUAAAUUUGGUGAUAGAUUUAAAAAUUUUAAUACAUUGUUAUUUCUUUUGUCGGACUUUUUAAUAAAGAAAUUUAUAUGAUAAGCCUUUA